AACUGGGCUUAGUCACAGUCUAUUGUGCGCUAACGGCCGGUUAUUGUGUAGGGAGCUGCUCUUUAGCGAGGUGCACAAGCCUUUAAAGCACCAAAGGCUCUUUAAAUCCCUCUAAAUAUUUGUCUAAAUGUUUAAAUCCUUUUUUUUUUCAGUAGCCGAAAGUUUACCUUGGUACCUGUUUCAGACCUAAUGCUUUAUCACUGUUUUUGCUGAGAGUGAAGAGCGCGCGCGCGCACACACCGCCUCAUGGACAGGACUGAAACAUGAAAUAAAACCGUGGUUCAAAGUGACACCACCUUCCCUGAGGACACUCUUCACUUUCAGCUGUUCAGUGAUAUCAUGCCUUUUUGCACAAGAUGACUGACUUACAUCAUGAAUAUAUAAAGGAAAACGGAAAGCAUGUGGACAAAACACUGGACUGGACCUACAUCGAAUGGCAUGAUGAGGACAUGGCUAAAACUGUGGAUGCACAUACCCAAACAUCUCACGAACCAACCCUGGACAAAGCAACCCAAACGAGCAAUCCAUUCCUGAUGCGGAUCGAGCUAUCCAGGACACCCUCCAGACUGAGAUGUGGCUCAGUGGGUGAGGUGGAUGCAAUGCCCACACCUCUAUUUCAGUUCGACAGGCAAGCGCCUGCUCGCAUCUCCACAUCUCCCACUCUGAGGAGGAUGAGGAGCACCAGGAUUCCUUGCCGUGAUGCAGGGAGGAUAGGCACUACUCAGGAGGAGCCUGGCUCGAAUGAGUCUCCCUCACCAAGGAGCCCUCUGUCACCUGCACACCGGCAGAAAUCUCCCCUGGCUAUCAUUGAGAACCAGUCUAAUGAGGACAGUCACUGCAACGGUCACUCGAAUGACUCUGUGACUCCGGGGAACGUCAGGUCUUAUAGAUCAAAGACAAUUAGUGGCAGUGGCCUUCACGUGAAGCAGGAGUUUUUGAGUGUAAAUGAAAGCACUGAUACCGAUGAUGAUACUAGAGAGGUGAAAGAGCCUAGUCAUAAAAGCAGGCUACAGGAAAGAAGGCGUAGCUCUGUGGUGGUCACUCUUCCUGGCCUGGACGUUUCUCCCGGUGAUCUUUUUGUUUCCAAUGAUGCUGUCGAUAUUUUAAACCGCUCCACGUUUUCAGAUACAAAGAAAUCAAAGUGGCCUUUUUCCAAACGUACCAUGAAUAAAGGCAGGACACGCACAGCUGCAGACAUUGAAAAAUGUCUCACAAACAUUCCCAUCCAGGAGUGGAGAAACACACAUUUUCAGCAGUACAAGGAUUUGACUUUAGAGGAGUUUCUGAGAAGUCAUCCUGAGCUGAGGGAGGAAGAAGAGCCAAAAGCACACAAAAGACAGGAGGCACUCUGGGAGCUCUUCACCAGCGAGUGUGUGUACUUCCUAGACCAGUUAAUGGUGCUGAAAGAGGUAUUUUUGACCACUCUGUCAGAACUGCAGAUAAGAGAGUGUCUACAAGACAUUGAAUCUUGGGCACUGUUUGCCAACCUCAAUGAGCUGUGCCUGGUUAGCUUUGGUUUCCUGACCAGUCUGCUGCAAGUGAUUAAAGAGCUGUGGGCCACUUCAGAGCCUCCAGAAACCGAUAACACACAGGCCCUGAUGGCCAUUCUCAAAAAGGCAUUUGGUGAGAGCAUUUGUCACUGUCUACAGAAGUACUGUCUGAACUACAGUAAAGCCAUCCUCUUUUUGGACACCCUGAAAGCCAGGGAGGACUUCACUACCUAUGUGAAGUGGUGUGAGAGGAAGGAACAGUGCCGUAGGCUGCAGUUAAAGGAUCUGCUGGUGACUCCUUUGCAGAGGUUCACACGUUACCCUCUCCUCCUGAAGAACAUGGAGAAGAGGAGCUGCACAGAGACAGAGGAAAGCGCCUUGCAGAGCGUAGUGGAGCUGGUGGACAGAGCCAUAUAUGAUCUGGAGGGGAAGGUGAAGUGGUUGGAUAACUAUCAGAAAGUCAAUCAGCUUAAGGAAGCCUUGGUGUGGCUCCCAGUGUGGGAAAGAGAAAAGAGGGCACAUGUUCCAGAGAAUCUGAAACACUUGCUGAAAGCUGUGACUUUGGAAAACUUGGUCUCUCAACGUAGUCUCAGAUAUGAGGGGAAGCUCACACUCACAGAGAAUUCAAAGCUGAAUGAUGUUUACCUGUUUCUGUUCGAUGAAUUCCUCCUCAUCACCAAGGUCAAACGAAAUAAAAAGAAGUCUGUAGCCGGGGAGGUGUACCCUGUGCGCUCUGCGGCUGGACAGGAGCUGGAGCAGUUACUGCAGGAGGGCUGCAGCUUCACUGUGCUGGACCAACCCAUCUCACUGGAUCGCAUGCAGCUCAGGAACAUAGACCAGCUUAACGCUACAGCCUCUGGCCUUCCCUAUUCUUUCAUUAUAAUGCACCAGAAUCGCUAUCAGCAGUGCAUCGGCGUGUUCAUUCUGCAGGCCCCGACCGAGUCUGUUAAGAAAGCAUGGUUGUCCGAGAUCGAGGAGGCAGUCGGUGCUCUGCUGAAGCGGGACUCUCAGGAUCCUCGGCUGAAGAGCUCUUCUCUCUAUGUGGAGUCUUCUCAGAUCUAACUCGCGCACACGGACCAUCAGAGUAGGUGGCCCACGUCAAUACUGCUGCCUGAUAACAUCACAUGACCAGGACUAAUAAUAUGGGUUUCUACUUGACUGGCCAAGAUCCCAGGAUGGCUGUACAGUCUUACGCCUGACCUUCAGAUCCAUGUUAAUCCACUUGAAGAGGUUUAUUCAGGUCAGGCAGCAGCAUCAGGGUAAAGUCCACUGUGUCACACAUGACACAAAAACAAAGCUGUAAUGCAAACGGAACUGUUGCUGUAACCUGAUGCUCACUGAAGACUAAAUGUGCCACAGGAGUGGAAUAUUACGGCUCUGACAUUCAGCCAAAAUGGACGUUGCUUCUUUCAGAUGUAGAUUAGUACAGUUUGUCUUACGUUUUUUUUUAAUUAAAGAAUCCUUUGAAACUGAAACUCUGUGGCCUGCUAUUUUACCCUGGGACUGGAAAAGGUUUAUUUAUUGCUGUGGCCUGUAGUUCAUAACAUGAAAGUAAGAAAAAAUAGCUCAUAUAAUAUGUAAAAGACACUUUUUAUUAUUAAACAGAGACCAGUUUAACAUGCUUCACUUCCUUUGGUAACUUGUGGUAUCAGAUGAGUUGACUGUAAAAUGACAUGAUUUUUUAUAGCCCCCAAAAAAUCCCAGCAGAUUUAUAUACACUGAUCAAGCAUAACAUUAUGAGCACUGAGAGGUGAAGUGAAUCCUCAUCAUGGCACCUGUUAGUGGGUGGGAUAUAUUAGGCAGCAAGUGAACAUUUUGUCCUCAAAGUUGAUGUUAGAAGCAGGACAAUUGGGCAAGUGUAAGGAUUUGAGCGAGUUUGACAAGGGCCAAAUUGUGAUGGCUAGACGACUGGAUCAGAGCAUCUCCAAAACUGCAGCUCUUGUGGGGUGUUCCCAGUCUGCAGUGGUCAGUAUCUAUCAAAAAUGGUCCAAGAAAGGAACACUGGUGACCUGGCGACAGGGUCAUGGGCAGCCAAGGCUCACUGAUGCACAUAGGGAGAGGAGGCUGGCUCAUGUGAUCCGAUCCAAUACUGUUGAAGUUGCUAAUUCUGGUUCUGAUAGAAAAGGUGUCAGAAUACUGUUUUGGCAGCAAAAGGGGGACCAACACAAUAUUAGGCAGGUGGUCAUAAUGUUAUGCCUGAUCAGUGUACAUAGUAAUGCUUCCUCUUUGUAAAGAGUGCCAUUACUUUGUCCUAACUGAACAGCUGGUCUGAUUUAUGUUCAUUUAUGGAUUUAUUAGUCAUUAAUAUAAAGGAGCCCAUGUUUGAAACAAAAUUUGUUCAUGCAAACGUGACAGUGUAAUAUCACUGAUAUGCAAUGUAAUAAACAUUGGAAAGCACA